CCGCCAUGCAUGCACACCAAGCAUUACAGCUACCUUCAUCUUUCUCACAGAGUCAGGAACCAUGGACGUUAAGUUGGCCACCGCCUUAAUAGUUUUGUCUGCAAUUUGCCUCAGCAGGGUCAUGGCCAUUGACCCAUGCGCCUCUCAGCAAGAUAACUCCGACCUCAACGUCAUUCCCAUCUACAGCAAAUGCUCACCCUUCAACCCACCCAAGGGAGACUCGUGGGACAAGAGAAUCGUGAACAUGGCCUCAAAAGACGCAGCCCGAGUCAAGUACUUGUCCACAUUAGCGGCCCAAAAGACGGUCUCCACGGCCCCAAUCGCUUCGGGCCAGGCCUUCAACAUCGGCAACUACGUGGUGCGGGUCAAACUGGGCACCCCCGGUCAACUCCUCUUCAUGGUCCUGGACACCAGCACCGACGAGGCCUUCGUCCCGUGCUCCGGCUGCACGGGCUGCUCCGACACCACUUUCUCCCCCAAAGCCUCCACCAGUUACGGCCCAUUGGACUGCUCUGUCCCGCAAUGCGGUCAGGUCCGUGGGCUUUCCUGCCCCGCCACAGGCUCAGCCGCGUGCUCCUUCAACCAAUCCUACGCGGGCUCCUCUUUCUCCGCAACACUCAUCCAAGACUCUCUCAGGUUAGCCACUGAUGUUAUCCCCAAUUAUUCAUUCGGCUGCGUCAACGCCAUCACCGGGGCCUCGGUUCCGGCCCAAGGGCUUCUGGGCUUGGGCCGCGGCCCAUUGUCGUUGCUUUCACAAUCCGGGACACUCUACUCGGGGCUAUUCUCUUACUGCCUCCCCAGCUUCAAAUCGUACUACUUCUCCGGGUCGCUCAAGCUUGGGCCCGUGGGCCAGCCCAAGAGCAUCCGCACCACCCCGCUUCUCCGCAACCCGCACCGGCCUUCUCUUUACUACGUGAACCUCACCGGAAUAAGCGUGGGACGCGUCCUCGUGCCAGUGGCCUACGAGUAUCUUACGUUCAACCCGAACACCGGAUCCGGAACCAUAAUCGAUUCGGGCACGGUGAUAACCCGGUUCGUGGCACCCAUUUACAAUGCGGUGAGGGAGGAGUUUAGAAAACAAGUGGGGGGAACAUUCUCGAGCAUUGGAGCUUUCGACACGUGUUUUGUGAAGAACUACGAAACACUGGCGCCGGGAAUUACGCUUCACUUCGAGGGCUUGGACUUGAAGCUGCCAUUGGAGAACAGCUUGAUCCAUAGCAGCGCAGGGUCGCUGGCUUGCCUUGCAAUGGCGGCGGCGCCGGAUAAUGUGAACUCGGUGUUGAACGUGAUUGCCAACUUUCAGCAACAGAACCUUAGGAUUUUGUUUGAUACCGUGAAUAAUAAGGUUGGCAUAGCCCGUGAGGUUUGUAACUAGCUAGUUGGUUGGCUACAUUUUUUUUUUUUUUGGUUUUUUCCGUUUGUUGUAGUGGUGGUUUUCUUGACUAGCUAGCUAGUUUUGGAUCUUUCGUCGUGUUCAAAAAGUGGGUGUGGGUAAGAGUGAGAGUUUGUGUGGCCACGGUGAAUAAGCAUAAGCUUGUCUUGUGUGCCUUUGGAAUUAAGAUAUUAAGUCAAUGUGAAAUACUACUUAGAUUGGUCGUUAUCGCAAAGAGGGACGACCAAUCGAUUGUAAUGAUGUUUGAUUAAAUUAAUAAUAUGAGAUCAAUUAGGAAGGAUCAAAGAUGUGUAA